GGCGGCGUGACGUGAAUAAGCGAAAUGACGUGUCCGGCGUGAGGAGCGUGGCGAGGCGCGAAGGGGCGUAGCCAGGCGCGAAGGGGCGUGGCCAAGAUGGCCGCGCGCAUGAGCUUCCCAUCCCGGUGGCGAACAGUCGGGUUCGCGCUCAGGGAAACGUUCUGGUUAUUAGGUCCCUGCAAGUUCUUUGGGAGCUGGUCAGGAUUUCAAGCUAAAGAUGGUGAUGAUGAGCCGCCUGAGGGCCAUUCUUCAGGCCUCCCCAUGCAAGUCACUGUGGAGAGGGAUCCAGAUUCCGAGGUCCAUGCCGGUGAGGCCCUGCAGCCUCUACACCUGCACUUACAAAACCCGGAACCGAGCCUUGCACCCUCUCUGGGAGAGCAUGGACCUGGUCCCAGGGGGCGAGCGCCAGUUACCCAUCAACAUCCGGUGGAGGGAAAGUGUCUACGAUCCUGACUUAAAACUGCUUACCAUCUCUUAUGACCCGACUACCUGCCUACACAUCUGGAAUAACGGGUACUCUUUCCUCGUGGAAUUUGAAGAUUCUACAGAUAAAUCAGGUGAGAGCCAGACCUGUGGUCUUGCCUGGAGUUAAAGGGACAGUGUGAUGUCAACAUAGGCUACACUGCUUCUAUGGGAGCGUGGACCUCUUUGUUAGCAGUGGCAAGGGACUCAUUGGACCUACUUCUUUUUUUUAAUUAUUAAAUACACACAACAUGAAAUUUGCCAUCUCAGCCAUUUUCAGUGUACAUUUCAGUAAUAGUAACUACAUUCACAUUGUUGUGUAACUGUCACCACCAUCCAUCCCCAUAACUCUUUAUCU